AUGGAUUACUCUUGCGUUGCUGCUGGGUCGUUCCAUCAGGGAGACCCAAGAUUCGGAGAGAGUAGUAAUGCUCAGUGCACGGCUAAUGCAGCCUGUGCCCUCUCCUGGCACGUUUUCUGCGGUGGUUUCAAUACAACUGCCAUUGAUAAAAUACUCACGGCCGGCGAUUGCUUGUAUAAGAAAUCUCGCCGUGAGUAUUGCGUUGUUGGCAGGUACCUUUACCCCGAGGAACUGUCACGGAAUUUUGAUAUUGAUGACAAACAGAUUUGCGUUGAUGAUAUGACGCAUGUCAGUAACGGGUUGUACCCGACUUGCGUUAAUGGCUUGGAUGAGGCCGUUAAAUCUUUGACGUCCACUUUGGAGAGUACCAUGCCCGGGGAUUCUCUCGACGGUGGGUUUUUAUUCACGGGGCAAUUAGUCACCGUCGCAAUUUGGCGUCAUAGAGAACAAUUGUAUCUUUUCGACUCUCACGCCGUUAAUGAAACCCGCCGAAGAGACGUAGAUCCAGAUAAAAACAAGGCUAGGUUAUUUGUAUGUGGGAGUUUCCCUACACUAGCCUCACUGUUGUUGGUGAAUUGUGCGUUCGUCGGCGGACAGUACAGCAUCAUGAAACUUAGGUUUUCAAUUGACUUCGCUGUCCGGUCGAUCGAACGUGACGAUAAUGAUCCACAACCUAUCCCCCCCUCCCAGACAGUUUCAAGCCCAAAAAAUGUCCCGGGAGACCUAAAAAGAGCUGCUGCUGACCGUUACAGCCAAACGCACCCUGAAGUCAACAGGGAGGCUGUACAUCGCUAUAGCCAAACUCACCCUGAGGUCAACAGGGAGGCGGUUGGUCGAUACAGCCAACGAAAUCCUGAUGCCUCUCGACAAAGGGUGCAGAUUUUUCGGUUACAUAAUCCGUUGUUUUCCGAUCUUCGUCACUUGCCUGCUUCACUUGCUCGAAGCAUUUCUGAUCACGGUCCAAUGGGGUCUUGGAAGGGGGAGCUGUUGAAUGAUAUUCCAGCUUUUAGUCUUAAAAAAGUUAGUCUUUGGGACAAUGAUAUUUUUAAGUGUAUGCACUGUGGCGCUCCACUUUUUGAGGAGGAAAAGGGUAGGAAGAAGUGGUGUUGCGGACAAGGGGCAUACAACGUCCUUGAUCUAAGCCCUCUUGAUGAAUCCUUCUAUUCGGAUCGGCGUUUUCUCGAUAGGGCUCGUGCCUACAACGACCUGUUUGCGUUUAGUGCCUUGGAAGUAUCUGGUGGGUACAGACACCCCAGUGGUCUAUCUUUCUUUAAGAUCGAAGGGAGAAUGUACCACCAGGUCUACAAUCUGUCCGACCCCGGUCAAAAGUUCACUACCAAGACUGGGGACGUUCAGUUUGUAAAUCGUUCUCGUCUGUAUAUCGACGACGGUGAAGAACGGCGGAACAUUGCCUUGGGUAGAUUACUUGAUGGUGACAUUGUUGACUCCAUCACUCGGUACAUGUCACAGCAGAAUCCAUACGUCGCUCACUAUCGGCGUUUGGGUAGUGAGCCAGCUGUGAACGCUCACUUGGAUUUCCAAGUGACAAGUAGAUCUACCCAUGGUCCCGUUCUAGGAGACAGGCAAACAGGCGUUGAGGUGCACGCUGUCAUAAGCACCGACGAGACAGUGUACGAGCCCCGCAAGCUUUCCGUUUGGAAAGUUGGAUCCGGACGACCCACUUCUAUUAACCUUUUUAGUCCUCUCAUGGAGCCCUUCCAAUACCCUCUCCUCUAUCCUCAAGGCACUUUGGGCUGGCAUAUUGGUCGCCGUGACAAUUACAACAACAAAUUGUCCCAGUAUGAUUAUUCCCGUUGCCUUCUGCUGUCUGAGCCUCGUUUCUCACACUUCGGCCGACUGUCUCAAGCAUGGCAGGUCGAAAUGUAUGCCAGAUACGAGGACGAGAAGCUCAACUACAUCAAGUUCACGCAGACGAAGGCAGCUGAAAAUGCCAUGAGGAUAGGGCCGUUGGAUGAGAUUGAAGCGGCGAAUCGUGGUGGACGUCAGGUGCUACACGACAUUAACAAUGACGAGACCGUUCAGGGGGAGGGUGGGGUACAAGCUGGAAAGGUUUACCUCCCAAGUUCGUUUACCGGGGGGCCGAGAUACAUGAAACUUCGAUACGAGAAUGCUAUGGCAUUGGUCUCACGUCUCGGCUUCCCCACAUUUUUUCUCACAUUCACAUAUAGUGCGACUUGGGAGGAGAACAAAAAAUCAUGUCCACGGAAUAGCGGUCGCAGUGAUCCCAGCACGGCCUGCAGAGUUUUCUAUAUCAAACUGCUGGAACUCCUCCGCGAUCUGCGCAGCGGAGCUAUGUUCGGUCGGUCUGUCUACAUAGUCCACGUCAUCGAGAUGCAGAUGCGGGGCCUUCCACAUGCCCACAUCGUGUUUAAAAUCGAAGGCGAUGGACCAGUACAGGCUUCGGACAUAGACUCCCUCAUCCGCGCUGACAUUCCAUCUCCGGAGGAGGCAGGAGGCCGAUUAAGGGCGUUGGUUCUGCGGCACAUGAUCCACGGCCCUUGUGGUACGGAUCACAGGACCGACUUCCCUUGCUGGGACACUGCCAAAGGCAGCUGUUCUAAAUUUUUCCCCAAACCUCCCUGUGAAUCAACCCAUGUAGACGAGAGGGGUUUUGUUAAGUACCGGCGAGACUAUGAUAAUGAGGGCAGCAUAACGUCAAGGAACAGAUCCAUUCCUGUACAUGACGGCUGGGUCGUGCCGUACAACUCAGCAUUACUUCUUAAAUACGAGGCGCACAUCAACUUGGAGGUGGCUUCCACUCGGCGUGUGAUCAAGUAUCUGUUUAAAUACCUCAUGAAGGGUGGCUCGCUUCAGAACGUCAAAGUUACUCCUCUUAGUAAACAAGACGAUGAAGUUGAGCACUACGUCACAAAGCGUAUGGUGGGAGCCAGCGAUGCAUGCUGGCGUCUCUUGGACUUUCCCAUCUCAAAGUCUGAGCCCACAGUCGAUUGUCUCCCUGUCCACCUAGAGGGAAAACAGACUGUGUGCUUCCGCCCUAACAACGUGACACACGCCACUUCGGGAGCUACCUCUGACCUGCUCUUGUAUUUCAAUAGGCCUCUUGACUCGGUAUUCGACGAUUUAACCUACCAGUCUUUUUUCGAGCAGUACGUUAUUCAUAACAAACGCCCUAGUAAUGCUGAGGUGUACGACCAUCCAGACGGCAAGCAUUUCCUUACCUCAAGAAAGCGUGGUCAAAAGAUCUGUCGUCUCUUCUGGGUCUCGCCAAACAGAAGCGAGCAGUACUUUCUUAGGCUCCUUUUGAUGGUCAUUCCGUGCCGGGGAUACGCCGACCUGCUCGCUCGUGGUGGUGAUGGUUGCACGACAUAUCAACAGGUUGCGCGCACCCUCGGUUUGGUUGAGGACGAGGACGAGUACCACCAAGCCCUCAAGGAAGCAGCUCGUUUCAUGGUCGGCCCGAGGCUCCGCUCUUUCUUUGUCCUUCUGUGCAACAUGGGAGCUCCUGCGGCCCUCUUGUGGGAUGCUUUCCGUGACGCAUUGUGCGAAGACCAUUUGGAGCGGAAUCCUCUUGAUCACGAGGUUGCGUACAAGCUGGCUCUGAUUGAGAUCGAUCGAAGCCUUCGACGUCAGGGAUCCUGCUUGGCCGACCACGGUCUCCCUACUGUAGACGACGACACGACCGAACUGGGGAGGGAACUUCUCAUCUACGGUGAAAAUCGUCAGAGAUCGCUUGUAGAUGAGUGGGAACCUAAACUUUCCCGCGACCAGAGGGCGGUCUUCGAUUAUGUUCGGUCUCUACUACAGGGCCAAGUCGAUCGUCGAUCAACAAAAUUGAUUUUCCUUGACGGACCCGGAGGCUACGGCAAGACCUUCCUAAUACACGUAAUUCUCGCUUACGUCCGUAGUCGUAACCAAGUCGCUAUUGCUGUCGCUAGCUCCGGCAUUGCCGCUGGUAAUCUGCCUGGUGGCACGACAGCACAUAGCAUGUUUCGGCUACCACUUGAUCUCGGCGAUGGCACUGGAUAUUGGAACUUGACCAACGGAUCUCAGCGGGCAGAACUCAUCAGAGCCGCACAGCUCAUAGUUUUUGAUGAGGCCCCGAUGGCUCACCGGUACAUUUUUGAAAUCAUCGACAGAUCUCUGCGUGAUCUCAUGAAUUCACCUGAGUCAUUCGGGAAUAAGAUCUUUAUCUGCUGCGGAGAUUUCCGUCAGAUCGCACCAGUUGUUGCCAAGGCUCGUACUCCGGCCGACAUUGCCUGUGUAUCACUGUGUGCGUCAUCUCUGUGGUCAAGUUUCAAAAUCUUUUCUCUCUCCACUCCUCACCGGACUUCUGGGUCCACUGCCUACUCUGACUUCCUCCUCCAAGUAGGCAAUGGAACAAUUUCAUCUGUUCCAUUUGGGGAAGGCCGUGACUCUGUUGCCCUGAUCCCACUGUCCGGUGUGAAAUACGUGACAUCCCUUCCCGACUUGAUAGAUUUUGUGUUUCCUGCUUGUGACCUACACAACACAGACAGAAUUGCUGGCAGGUCCAUUCUUUCGACCAUGAACGCCAAUGUCCAGCAGAUCAACAACACCGUCCUCAACCUGAUGGACGGCGUCGUUCAUGAGUUGAGAAGUGCUGAUUCUGUGGACAAGGAGAACGACGAUGGUAUGGAUGUAGACGUUCACUUGUUGAACCAAGCUACUGGCAAGGGUGUACCAGACCAUGUCCUGCGACUCAAGAUUGGCUCCGUGUGUCUCGUCAUGAGAAACCUGAACAUUGACAGCGGACUCGUAAACGGCACUAAAGUGAUCGUGACUGCAAUAAGACCUCGUCUGAUCACAGUGCGACUCCCUGGACAACAGGAUCCGAUUUGUAUUCCCCGGAUUCAAUUCGUUUUCCCGUUCGUCGAGGGGUCACCGCUUCGUGUCCGCCGUCUUCAGUUUCCUCUCAUGCUGGCAUAUUCCAUGACUGGCCACAAAAGCCAGGGCCAGACGAUUGAUCGCGUCGGAGUCGAUCUUCGCAGUGACUGUUUCACUCAUGGUCAGUUGUACGUCCUGCUCAGUAGAGUCAGGCAUCCAGACCAUAUAGUCGUCCUUGUCCGUCCCGACCGUGUCCAAGGUGGAAUCGCAUACGCGAAGAAUAUCGUGUAUGACGAUCUCCUCCUCUAA